UACCUUUCAACCAUAACAAAAGAAAAUGUCCUUCACUCUCGAGACUAAGUUGGCCUUCAAGGUCCUUGACGGUUAUUUUGAGAACUACUCUUAUGUUAAGGGUAACGAGGCCUCUGCUGCCGAUAAGGAAGUCUUCGAGGCUCUCCCCGAGGGUCCUUCCCCCUCUGCCUUCCCCCACUUGGCUAGAUGGUACAACCACAUUGCCAUCGUCAAGGGCUAUACCAUCAAGGCUGCUGUCGAGGGCUCCGUUGCCGCUCACGCCAAGGAGGUCGUAGCUGCUGAGGAGGAUGAAGAUGAUAUUGACCUGUUCGGUUCCGAUGAUGAGGAGGUUGAUGAGGAGGCCGAGAAGGUCAAGGCCCAGCGUCUUGCUGAGUACCAGGCCAAGAAGGCUAACAAGCCCAAGACCAUUGCCAAGACCACCAUUACCCUCGAUGUCAAGCCCUGGGAUGAUGAGACCGAUAUGGAGGCUCUCACCAAGGCUGUUAAGGAAAUCGCCAUGGAUGGUCUUUUGUGGGGUGGUUCCCAGUUGGUUGCCAUUGGUUUCGGUAUCAAGAAGCUCCAGAUCAACUGUGUUGUUGAGGACGAGAAGGUCUCCAUGGAUGACCUUUCUGACAAGAUCACUGACUUGGAAGACUUUGUCCAAUCCGUUGAUGUUGCUGCUAUGCAGAAGAUCUAAGAUCUUUAAUUGUUUGCCACAUUGGUCAUUUACCUCUUAAUAAACACCCAAAACUCUCAACCAACGUUC